AUGGAGGAGGAGAAGAAGCCGUCUCAAAGGAUCACUAAGAAGGAUAGCGGCGGCGGAGCAGACGACGGAAAUGAAGACGAUGAUUUGGUGUUCCCUGGCUUCCGGUUCCAUCCAACUGAUCAAGAGCUCGUGGGGUUCUACCUGAAGAGGAAAGUGGAGAAGAAGGGCUUCAGUUUUGACAUCAUCAGGAGAUCGAUAUCUACAAGCAUGACCCUGGGAUCUUCCAAGAACAGCAUCCGGCCCAACCGCGUCACUGGCUCUGGUUUCUGGAAGGCCACCGGCAUCGACAAGCCCAUACAUGAUGGUGCCGCCGAGCACAUCGGUCUCAAGAAGUCCCUCGUCUACUACCGCGGCAGCGCCGGCAGAGGCACAAAGACUGACUGGAUGAUGCACGAAUUCCGACUCCCCUCUACGGAGUUGGUUGAGCCCCAUGAUGCUGAAAUCUGGACGAUAUGCCGAAUCUUCAAGAGGAGCACGUCCUACAACCGGAGGUGCCAGCAGCAGCAGAAGCAGGAACACGGCAGCAAGAGAAGCCACCACCACCACCAGCAGUUGCAGUACUACUAUGACUACUACCGCUACCACCAGCACCAUUACUUGCACUCAUCCGAGGCAGCUUAUGCUGCAACUGAGCACCACCAGCCGUUCCUGCUGCGCGGUUUCCAUGGCUCAGCGUCGUCAUCGGCCGAGAUGACGACAAUGACGUCGUCAUCAGGAUUCAUGGGAGUGGGGCUCCAUUGCUACCGUCGACAUCGACAUCGACUCUCGGGUGGAGCGAUGUGA